AUGAUCAAAAAUCCCUACGACAAGCCUUACGUAAUAGGAGCUCAUUUAGGAAGUCUUCAGAAUGGUGGCAAUGGUAACACAUCUGCAAUGAUAGACAGUCUUUCAUCCAUGGCUGGUGUUAAAGUCGUAAUCAAAGGUGGGACCGAUGUUAGAUGCUUUCCCAACGGACUUCCACCAACACACGAAAAUCCACAGUACUUACCGUGCAGUCAAGCAGGAGAUAUUCUUCAAAACUCCUCAUUUUGUCUAGUCAUUGUUAAUAAUUGGGAGGCAUUGACAUCUUCGGCAGUUCGAUCCAUUCACGCGCAACUGUGGGCAUGCUUUUUCUACCGUUCAAUUCCUGUCAUCCCGACCAAAUAUGAACCAGCACAAGUGGAAAAAUACCUACCUUUCUUUAGCCUUCUUGAGAGUCUCUGGUCCAAAGCUAUCGUAUACUUACCAUUUACUAGUGCACAGAAUUUUGUUUCAAAGCUAAAUGAAAUUUCGAAGCAAGAGCGUAUCAUGCGACUAGAUAAGAUCUCGAAACUUUUCAAUCGCCACUUGGAAACCGUUGGAAAGCAGGUAGAGACUGCCGUGGCAACAUUGAACAAGGCACUUUUACUGCCCCAGCCGGCUGUUCCAACAGUUCGGACACGUUUGGUUGCUGAAAUUCCACGGACUCAAGUUCGGGUUUAUACCCUUGACGAAGGCUACAACGAGAGCAAAUCCAUAGUAGGCUCUAACUUGGCUCAAACUGAGCCGCUCUGCAAUACAUCAAUGAGAGUAGAUUUUGAAGGACCUCUAUGGACAUUUGACAAAACACCCUGGACUAUGUGCCACAAAUCUUCUUCAAGUACGAUUCUCACUGCUUUCCUAUUUUGGCGCUAUGCAUAUUCAAACGAUACCUACUUUUUUAUUCCUCCCAAACCAGAGACCUAUCAAUGGCCCAAGACACCAUUCCCGAUACAUGUGAUUCGUGUGCCUUUAAACAAACUUCAGAGCCGAUUCCUACCCUUUGAUCUGAUCAAAACUGAUGCUGUGUUGACAGUCGAUGAUGAGGUGGUUCCAGACCUGAGUGCAAUGAAAUUGGGCUUUGGGGUGUGGAACGACAAUCCAGAUAGAAUAGUGGGCUAUGUUGCAAGGAGCCAUGAAUGGUUGAAAAGUCAUAGCAAUUUCAAAUACAUUGCCUCUGCCACCAGUCCGUACUCCUUAAUUUUGACAGGCGCAUCGUUUCUUCACAAGUACUUCCUCUACGCCUACACAUUCGAGCUUCCGCACGAAGUGUAUACCUCGGUUGAUGCGUUGAUGAACUGUGAGGAUAUCGCCAUGAACAUGCUGAGUCAGCAGAUCUCCGAGAAGGCGCCUUACCAGGUGAGCACAGUGACUCGAUUUGCCUGUCCUCUGUGCAAGGGCGGACUGUCACGCAAAAAAAGCCACUAUCUCAUUCGAAGUGCCUGCAUAACAAAUUUUAUUCACUUUUUUGGCUAUGAUCCACUCAAAUACAGCACAUUUACCCGAAAGGGUCGGUGA